AUGGUGCGGCCGGAGCAGCUCCCGGGGCGGCGGCGGCGGUGGUGCUCUCGGCGGCUCUCGCAGCUCGACCGGCGCGGGCUCGCCAGACCCCGGGCGGCGAGGGAGGCGCGCUCCAGGCCGCGGGCGGGGGCGGGAGGCGGGCGCCGGGCGGGGGCGGGCGGGCGCUGGGGAGGGCUCAGCCCAAACCACCAGCCGCCGCGGGUCCCGGGGCUCGCGGACGCCGCGUCCGCCGCUCCCCGCCCCGCGGCCCGGCGCCGAGCUGGGGGCGCCCUGGGGACUCCCCGCGCCCUGGCGCCGAGCGCCGCCUCCGCGCCCUGGUCCGAGCCGUGCGCCCGCGGCCCCGGGAUGGGAGGGGAAGCCCGGGGAAGCCCCACUGAAACCGCGGCGGCCGCCGCCUCCCCUGCGCGCUCCCCGGCUCCCCCGCCAGUGGGCGGCCCCUGCGCUCGGCUCUCGGGGCAGCGCGCUCGCUGGGUCCCCGCCUGCGGCUGCUCUGCGGCUCCAGGCUCGGCUUCCGACUCCCGCUCUCCGGCCCCGGGCUCCCGGCUACCGCCCGCACGAAGUUCCCCUGAGAAGGCUCGCAGCUUCGUUUUGCCUCAGAACUGCCAGCCAGGCUCCACGCCCUGGCACACGGAUUGGGGACAAAGGUGA